AUGUCGCCUCCUCUGCUUCGCUAUAGGAGAGUAGUGCUGGCACUAAUGUUCAUAUUGUUUUGCGGACAUUCCGAGGGCUGCGAUGAGGAUGAGGAGUUCGAGUGUCUAGAGGAUGGCAGGUGCAUUCCCAUCGAGGGCUUUUGCGAUGCCAAACCGGAUUGUCUGUAUGCCAGCGAUGAAUCUUUCACUGUCUGCAAGGCCCAUCUCUGGGACAUGAUGGCGGAUAAGUACCACUGUGCGACGGGGGCAGCCAUUCCGGCCAGAUUGGUCUGCAACAACAUCGCCGACUGUUCCGACGGAUCCGACGAGCUGCCACAGGUGUGCGGAAGUGAACCCGGCGAACUGGAAGAGAAAUUCCGAGGCAACUGCACUGGGGCUACGGAUUUGGAGUGCCUUCCUGGGGAAUGUGUGUCCCAUUCGGCGAAAUGCAACAACGUGAUCGACUGCUCCAACGGACGAGAUGAAUCCCUGGAGAUCUGCAUGCAGACCUGCGAGGCGGACAAGUGUUUCCAGUGCGCCAACGGAGUUUUGCUAGACAGCAAGGACCUGUGUGACAACAAGAUGGACUGCCUGGAUGGCUCCGAUGAGUUGUCCAAUGUUUGUGGGAAUGCCGUCAACUGGAAAGAGGUUCCUCCGGCUGCUUGCCACGAGACGGUGGAGCACAGGUUCACCAACAGGACAGUCUUUCAAAGGGGCAACUCACUGCGCUUCGUAUAUGCCAAUCAAGCGGCGGAAGUUCAGUGCUGGAACUCCGACCGGAAGUCCUGGAACGUGUGCAUGAACAAUGGCUCCUGGCACCACGACUUCCCACCGUGCAUCGAGAAAGUGGUCAACAGAAACCCGGACACAAAUGGCACUAAUGGUUGCCCGAUUAACUGGUACAACAACGAGACUAUGUUAAUAAUCAAUUGGAAUGACGAUAGCGAAUCUAUAGCCUUGCCGCCCAUUCAAAAUGCAAGAGUGACCUUCAGAUGCAAGGAGGAUCUGACUUUCUUGCCCUACGAGUUUAAAGACAAACCUAUCACAUGUCAGGCCAAUAAAACGUGGAUCGAGCUGGACUUCCAUCCCCGAUGUACCAACCUUUGCAGUCCACAGCAGAUAUCCGAGAUGUAUAGCCUGACACCGAGGUGUUAUAAUGGCGAUAAUGGGUCACCGAUCAACUGCCAGGACAAGUACUCCCUGGUACCGAACACCCAGGUCAAAUUCGAAUGCGCUAGUGGCUUCAUCCACAAGACCUCGGAUACGAUGUCCGUGAAGUGCACAGAGGAUGGUGAGUGGGAGGGUCUCCGGUACCUGUGCGAGAAUCAGGAGAGGCACUGCAACUACGAGUGCAAUCACCGACUCAACUACUCGGAGGUAACGAUGAGCAAAGGAGGCGAUGCCACGGAUUCACUACAAGCCUCCUGGUUAGUUCCCAUUUACAAGUUGAACAGCACCACAACCAAGCACGAAUUUGUGUGUACCGGAAACUUGAUCCGCUUGGAUAUUGUGCUCACCGCAGCCCACUGCCUGAAUGAUAAGAAUUCCAGGCCGGAGGACUUCUUAGUGGGCCCUUCGGGCAACCGAUCCUCCUCCACGGAUCUCAAGUACCUUCACAGGGUUAGAAAUAUAGAGGUGUACGGCGCCUACAGCAAGGUCAACCACAUAUACGACGUUGGGAUCGUUGUCCUGGAAAAUCGGAUGGAUUUCAAGCAAGAUCAAAGGAUCGUCUGUCUGCCCUACAAUGUGGGUUCGCACUUGGAUCUAAAGGGCGAUGCGAUGGUGAGCUCCUGGAACUCCGAUGGCUACCUGGCAACGGUCUAUGGCCGAUUAAGUGAGCCCAAAAAUGGUGACCUCAACGUCGUCCUGCAUGACGGCUACACUCUGUGCAAAGGUGACAGUGGCAGUGGAGUGAUCACCACCUGCGGCUUGGACAACCACAAGUGCCUGGUGGCUGUGGUUAGUCGAAAUGUGGGGUCCGGCGACCACGGUACCUUUUGCAGCAAUAACGUGACUGCAGCCACUUUGAUAUCGCCCCACCUGCAGGAUUACAUUCAGCAACUCAUCAGGAAUAACAUAAAUUGCCCAGAAUAG